ACAUCCGGUCAGUGAGGUAGCAUCCGGUUGUUGUAGCCCAACAACUGUGGAAUAGGCGUAAGUGGUGCUGGUGCGCGUCGGCAUCCCGUGCAAAACACAAUGAUCAAACUGUUCUCGCUAAAGCAGCAGCAAAAGGACGGCGAAGCGACCGGCAAGGCGAGCAACCAGAAACGCGCCUCGGCCGCCCAGCUGAGGAUCACCAAAGACAUCAACGAGCUCAACCUGCCCAAGACAUGUCAGAUGGAGUUUCCCGACCCGGACGACUUGCUCAGCUUCAAGCUCGUCAUCUGUCCGGACGAGGGCUUCUACCGCGGCGGACGCUUCGUCUUCAGUUUCCGCGUGAGCGCCAACUACCCGCACGAGCCGCCCAAGGUCAAGUGCGAGACAAUGGUGUACCACCCCAACAUCGACCUGGACGGCAACGUGUGCCUGAACAUCCUGCGCGAGGACUGGAAGCCCGUGCUCACCAUCAACUCCAUCGUCUAUGGGCUCCAGUACCUCUUCCUCGAACCCAACCCGGAGGACCCGCUGAAUAAGGACGCCGCCGAGGUGCUGCAGAACAAUCGGAGACUGUUCGAGCAGAACGUCAAGAAGGCCAUGCUGGGCGGCUACAUCGGUGCCACGUACUUUGAACGCUGUCUCAAGUAGUCGUUCUCCGCCCCGUCUUCCGCUGCGCCCCCCUCCGCUUUGUCCCCCCGCCGCCCCGUGUUCGCAGGCCGCGAGUCCCGAGUACGUACAGGGCCUCUCUCGAGCGUCCUGACCGCACUCCCGCGAGUAAAGCAACGUGCCAGAGGCGGGGCUUCGCUCGUUAGUCAGUGUAGCGUGCAUCUGUGACACGAGUUUCAUCACUGACCGAAAUACACCUGGGUUUGUUAUAUUCUAGGCCUUCUUGCUGGGGAUGAAGGAUGUGUAAACAACGCGCAAGUAAAUUGGUUCCAGAAUUUA